AUGACCCCCGCAAUUUCCAAGGUGCAAGCCGCUGUCCAAACGUCUCCGGCCGUGGAUUCCAGGGUUCUGUGCAACUCUACCCGAGCAGAGUCUGAAUCACAGGAACCGUCUGCUGUCGUCCAACAACGUCAGCAUAGAGAGCCAUUCCUUGCUUUUGCGGUUGGCAUGAUAGCUCUAGGGACCACUGUCUGGCACACUAGGGAGAACGAUCAUAUACCACCACUUCUUUCCACGGAGACCUUCGUCGGCAAUGCCGCGCUUUUGGCGUUUAUGGCAGUGGCAUGGGAUCGCAUGGUUAUCUUCCCAUCCAGGUAUUCACAUUACGGCCUACCUAUGUUGGCGUGGGGCUCGCCGGCCCUGCUCUACGUCACUUACAUAUUGUGCUUGGCGGGAUACGUUUGCUGGUACGACACCAGGGCGACCCAUCCAUUGGCGACCUAUAUCAUGGUCUUGCAACUUGGGCUUUGGGUGGUGGUGACGGUGGGCUGGACCGUAUCCACCAUGUUUUGCUCGCUUUUGGAUGACGACAUGGACGGGCACGAGGAGCCUGGAAGGGCCUAA